AUGUUGCGACUUCCUAUCCGUCGAUUAUCAUAUACGAAGCUUGGUGAUGGCUCUGGAACACCCGUUAUCAUGUGCCACGGUCUUCUGGGAAACAAGAACAACUUCAACAACAUCGGCAAAAUGAUGUCGUAUCUGACUGACCGGCCGGUAAUCACAAUGGACAUGCUCAAUCAUGGCUCUGCCGCGUGGACUGAAAACGGUGGAUAUGAAUUCAUGGCCGAGGAGGUGAAAAAAGCGAUUGAUGAACUUUGUGGCGGAAAAGCAGUUGUUCUUGGCCACUCGAUGGGAGGAAGAGUAGCCAUGUGGACGGCGCUGACCUCUCCAGAGCUGGUGGAAAACUUGAUGAUCGUAGAUGUCACUGCUAAUAAUUGGGUUGGAAGCCCUCUUCAGAUCAAAGGCUUUUUAAAACACAUGAAAGACGCUACUAUUCCUGAAGGCCUAAAACGAUCAGAAAUCAGAAAACAUCUCGACGAAUACAUGACUGAAGUCGCCCCCGAAGUUGGAAUAAGAAAUUUCCUCAUGACAAAUUUGAAGAUCGACAAAAAUGGCUUUAGAUGGAAAGCGAACGUCGAAUAUUUAUACCAAAAGCUCGAUUCGGAGUAUGCUUCGAUGGAGGCAGUGGAAGGGCUAGAAUAUUUGGGAGAUACGAUUUUGAUAGGAGGGGCUAACUCCGACUAUAUCAAAUGGGACGAAAGGGAUGAGGAUCUGAUGACCGAGUUCUUUCCCUUCAUAGAAUAUGACGAGUCGGACACCUUUGAAAAUCCGAAUUUCUUGAGCCAGACAUUCAGCAGAGAGCACUUGGUUUCAAAGCCACAGGAGACGUUCAGCGUUGCCGAAGAUAGAAAUGUUUUGAAUGCCGAAGAACUGAAUGAUGCCUUUGCUGGAAUUUACAGGGAUCAUGCGGCGAGCGCUUGUCUUGACGAAGAAGUCAAACUCUAUGCUGAUGCAUCGGGGCAGGCAGGAAAUAUGCUGCACGAACUGGGCAGGCAGUUGGAGAAUGCUGGAAGAAAAGCGUAUGAAAUCAAGAAUCUCUCCAGUGAGAUCAUCGAAGAAGCAGCUACUUGGAGACUCUUACAGGGAAUUAUCCAAAACAAAGACUCCGAAGAAAUGGAAAACUUUGCCGAAACUGCCAUGUAUUCAGAGCGCGACGCCAAGGCCAACUGCUACCGAGCGCACCCCGAACUUCGCCACUUGCGUGCCGUUCUCGACUGGUUAGAGCACAGCGCUAAAUUUGAAGAUAACCACUUUACAAAUCGAAUAACUCCCGACAACACAUUCCAUCAAGUAAAGUUGGGCAAGAUCGACGUUGAUCUCAAUCCUGACGUCGCGAAGAAAGAUCUUCAUGUUUUGGACCAGCAAGCAUUGACCAAAUUCAACACCGAUAUCUUUCGCAUGAUCCGCUCUGGUGAUCUCACUGGAGCCAUCGAAAAAUGCCUCAAUUCUGGUCAAGCAUUCAAAGCGGCCAUCAUGGAAGGAGCUACGAUGUAUCACAAUCCGAAAAUCGAGGACGAGCAUGCAGAGGGCGAAAUUGAAGGUGUCGAAAUGCGAGAUAUUUGGAAGAAAUCAGCCUUGGCAUUUUGUGAGAGCCCUCAAAUUCCGCUUAUUGAGCGAGGAAUCAUAGGAGCUGUUUGUGGAUUCAGUGAGCCGCUUCUUCAAUUAGCCAAGAGUUGGGAAGAUCGACUCUGGGCGCUUCUCACGGCCGCGAUCGAUGUCAUCAUCGAACAGUCAAUUACGGAAAGCAUGAUGGGAGCUCGAGAGACUUUACCAGAUUCAUUCUGGAAACAAAAUCAACCCGUUGAAAACUUGCUGCAAAAAGCUGCGGCUGGAGGCAACUCGCAGGAAAAGAAGACAAUCUUCAGAAAAAUACAGGAAUUCCUGAUCCUUGACGAUUUGGAAGGUCUUGGAAGCCAUAUCGAAACAAUAGACGCAAAGAACAAACACCAAGCGAGAUUUCUAGCACACUUGUCGACUGUUCUUCAAAGCGUUGGCGUUGGAUCUGUUACCACGGCUUGCAUUGAAAAUUACUCGAGAAUGCUGGUCUCCUCUGUCGACCCUGAUUGCCGACCACAUGAGGAUGCGCUUCUAGUCGCUCAUUAUUGCCGACUACUUGACGAAGAAUCAGCAUCCGGACUUUACUCUCAAUUGCUCGUGAAUCUGAGCUGCAUGAAUCAAAUCCAUCGUCAGAAGUUGAUCGAUUUAGCGAAUGAGGCUGGGCUUUGUAUAAGUUCUAUCACGAAACAAGCGGCUGUUUCGAUGCAGCAGACGAAAUCGGGAGAAACUGAUUUGGAUGCUUUGGAAAUUUUACUCGCUAAUAAGGAUUUAUCGUCUUCGUUCAAUAUCGCCUGUAGUCUGAUCAAAAACAUGAUUGUUAUGAAGAACGACGAAGCUGCACGAAUCGCGGUGAAGAAAAUGGAAGAUGCUGGUGCUAAUGAAAUCAAGAAAAAUGAACCAUUCGUGGCGAUCCGAGCGCACUUGGAAGCCAUGGACAUGUUUAGCAAGUGGAGCAGACUCUUCAAUAACUCCACGCCGGAGGAAAUUCAGGAAAUCACAUCCGGCUUGACAUUUGUGCAGAGAGUGACGAUCGAAUCGAGAAACGAGCAGAAAAGAUCUGACAUGUUGAAAUCAGCGCGAGAGCUUCAGUCGCUGGCUACGAGAAUCGAUGAAAAAGUUGUACAGAUUCUUACAACGAACGCGGAAUGGUUCGACAACGAUGCCAAAGCUGUUAUUAUCCCCCUCCUCGUCGUAGCAUCGAUGAAGGCUCAAUUGGGAUCGAACCUGCCAGAGAAAGCGAUCAAAACAGUGAAUAUGCUCAUGAGCUCCAAAUACGGCUUGUUCAACUUUCUCAACACUCAAACAGCUCGAAGCGUACUCGACCUCGCCGCAGAAGCUAACUCGAUGAUCCUCGUGAAUGAAAAUAAGCAUUAG